CGCGGCGGGCGAGGUGGAAGGCGGGGAGGAUUCGCGGCUGCGGGUUAGGCUUUGAAAGUCAGCCUCGCAGGCAUUGCAGCAGAGCCCCGAGACGCGGAGGGGCGCGGAGAGGAGCGGAGGAGCUCGGCUCGCCGUAUCAAGCAUGGAAUUGUUGAGGAAGAAAACUAACGCAUCCUUGGACUCCUGAAGGAAGGGCUUCCCUCAUGGGACCGCUUUCAAGCAAGCCUGCCUCCUCCAGCCUCCCUGCUGACAAAUGGUGGUGGAUUAUAGAUGAGGACACGCUGACCCGUUCGACCUUGCUGAGACAGCGGGGAGGGGCCUCCUGCUACUUGAGGGAAGCUUUGGGUCAUUUAAAGGACAAGGUCAUGAGCCAGGGUUCAGUGAAAAGCAGAUUCACAAAGAUCCAGCGUUGACACUUGAAAGGAAUUUUAUGUGCUUGGUGGAGAUGGAAAAAGAUGAAAAACAAGCUGACUUCCUGGAGAAAGAAGGCGGCAAAUACUUAAAGGAACUUUUGAGCGCUCCUCCUAGACAUCUUUCAGAAAUAUUCUAGAUAUCAGCAGAUUGGUAUGAUUGGAAACCUGGCUCGUCAAACAGUAUACACUGGAAGAAGCCUGCUUGGAAUAUGACGGUUUUGUAUUGUUUCUGAAAGUCUUGUGAGAAAACGCUAUAGACAUCUACCCAUUAUUUCUUAACUCUGGAUCUCGAUUUAGCUCCAGCAAAACUAGUCUUCAAAGUAAAUAGAACCAGAGCCCUUUUGGAAACUUUUAUUGAACAUGACUCAUGGAGAAGAGCUUGGCUCUGAGAUGCACCAGGAUUCUGUUGUUCUAACUUACCUAGAGGGAUUACUAAUGCAUCAAGCAGCAGGAGGCUCAGGUACUGCAGUUGACAAAAAGUCUACUGAGCAUAGUGGAGAGGAUCAAAACUUUAAGAUUUCUGGAAAUAUAUUUCCCAGCUGUCAAAGUAAUGGUCCAGUUCUUAACACAAAUACAUAUCAGGGAUCUGGCAUGCUGCACCUCAAAAAAGCAAGACUGUUGCAGUCUUCUGAAGACUGGAAUGCAGCAAAGAGAAGGCGGUUGUCUGAUUCCAUUGUGGAUUUAGAUGGAAAAAAGGAAGCUUUGUUAGCUGGCAUGGUUGAAAAUGUGCCUAAAGGCAAACAGGAUAGCACAUUACUUGCCUCUUUGCUUCAGUCAUUCAGCUCUAGGCUGCAGAGUGUUGCUCUGUCACAGCAGAUUAGGCAGAGCCUUAAGGAGCAAGGGUAUUCCCUUAGCCAUGAUUCUUUACAAGUGGAGAAAGAUUUAAGGUGCUAUGGUGUCGCAUCCAGUCACCUGAAGACUCUACUGAAGAAGAGCAAAGCAAAAGAUCAGAAGCUGGACAACAGCCUGCCUGACAUAACAAAGAACCUGCCCAAGGAGAGGUUUAUAGAAUCUCCUCAUGCGGUGCAGAGCGGACCUAAAGUGAUAAAUGAGCCACUGUCAUGUGCUGCAAGAUUACAAGCUGUUGCAAGCAUGGUAGAGAAACGAUCUAGUCCUGCUGCCUCCCCAAAGCCCAGCGUAGCAUGCAGCCAGCUAGCUUUACUCCUUUCAAGUGAAGCUCACUUGCAGCAGUACUCCAGGGAACAUGCUUUAAAAGCACAAAAUGCAAAUCAAAUAGCAAGUGAGAGACUUGCAGCUAUGGCCAGAUUACAAGAAAGCACUCAGAAAGAUAUUGGCCAAUUUGGUUUAGCAAAAGGAAUGACAAGCCAUCUCAAUGGUCAGACAGGAUCAUCAACCAAAACUGUACCUAGCAAAAGCAAUAUGGCACCAUUUCAGAGCUCAGUGGGAAUCAUGCAUUCGCCUCCCAAAAACGUGGGAUACAAAAGUACUUUGGAAAGGAGUAACCUGAAGACUUGUCCCAGCAACAGUUUGCUCUUGCAUCUCCUGAAAAGCCAGGAUACCACCAAACAUGUAAAAGGGCAUGAACAGAGUGAGAGAGCCAGCGUUUUUGAAGACAGCAGCACGCCAACAACUAUUGAUGAGUAUUCAGACAACAAUCCUAGUUUUACAGAAGAUGACAGCAGUGAUGAUGAAAGCUCCCAUUCUAACUGUCUUCCUAUCGACCUAUCCUUUAAACAGAGGACAGAUAAACCAGAUGCAGGUCCGCCUGCCUCACUGGAUAACCUGACCCAGUCCUUGCUUCAUAACUGGGAUCCAAAAGUUUCCUGUACAGAGAACAAGGAGGACAAAGACACUCCGAAGGCUUCUAAGCUGAAUCCUCACCAGAAAGUAACGCUACUUCAGCUGUUACUUGGGCAUAAGAGUGAAGAAAAGGUAGACAAGAGUAAUGACCCUCAGGGACCACACAGUGCAGCUGAUGUGGCAAAAUUCACUGUACAGACUGGUAAAAGGACUCCUGUUACUGACAGUCCCAGUGCAAAUCGAAUGACUCCGUUAAGCACUCCACCUUUGCUGGCGUCUACAAAAGCAGACUCUCCUAUAAAUCUCUCACACCAGUCGUUAGCCAUCAAGCGUAGCUCGCCACCAUAUGCCUGCAGCAUCCAGCCAGACAGGUUGGUGAAUCCUGCGUCUAAACAUUUGAUAGACCUUUCUAAAAGCAAAGAAAUUCAAGGAGCCAAGCUGAGCAGGAACGAUAGUCCCCAGAACUCUUCGGCUUUCAGUGCCAGCAAGCUGUUGCAGAACCUCGCUCAGUGCGGCAUGCAGACUUCCAUGUCAAGUGAAGAACAAAGAGCCAGCAAACAGCUGCUAGCAGGGAACGCAGAUAAACCUGUAGGCUUGAUUGAUAGAUUGAACAGCCCUCUGCUUACGAAUAAAUUGAGUACGCAUGAAGAAAAUAGCAAAAUAUUCAGUUGUCAGCCUGCACCCGCUGAACAAGGACUUCCAGGUUCGGAAAUAGAAAAUCUCCUUGAAAGGCGCACUGUCCUUCAGCUGCUUCUGGGAACUCCCAAUAAAGGUAAAAGUGAAAAGAAAGAGAGGAUGCUUUUAAGAGAUGAAAGUUCUCCAGAACAGACAGAUAAGGCUUUGAAUGAGCAAAUAUUGACGGUGAAAAUAAAAACUGAACCAUCUGAAGAAUCAAAUGUUCCUUAUAAUUCAAAUGCACAAGUAAGAGAGUGCAAGAGUAACAAAUUUCAAGGAUUUGUCCAUUCACUGCAGAGAAACACAGCUGCUUCUCCAGCAUCCGAGGAGUUAAAAUCUGAGCCUCUUUCGCCUCAAGAUUUUUCUUUUUCCAAAAACGGCCUGCUAAGUAGGUUGCUGAGACAGAGUCAAGACGGUUACCCUGCAGAUGAGCUGGACAGAAGUCACCGAAACAAUGACCUGACACACCUUGAAUCAAAGAGUCUUUGCACAUUACCGAAGAAGAGGAAGCUUCAUGCUGAGCCUUUGGAAAGUCCAUUAAAAAAGAUGAAAAGUAACGUGUCUGAUGCUGCAAACAAUCACGCUUCCCCUACUGAGGCACUGUACGGGCCUUUGCUGAACCAGCAAGAACUGAAAUUCAGCAGAAGUGAUGCUGAAUUUAAAUAUGCUGUAAGUCAUGGUUCAAAUAACGAAAGUGAAAAUAGGAGUUGGUCUAGAGAUAGUAAAGGCUUUAAUGUGUUGAAACAGCUGCUUCUCUCAGAAAACUGUGAGAGAGAUCUGUCACAACAUAGGAAUAACAUACUAACAGAGGGCAAGAAAAAAGGAAACAAAACCAGUGCAACAAUUAAUAAACCUGAAUUCAGCAUUUCUUCAGUAGGUGCGUUAAUGGGAAGCCCUGUGCAGCAAAACAGUUGUGUGGAUCAUAGAACAUUUCAGUAUCCCGUAGCAGUAAAAAGUCCUGCCGGUUCCCCCUUCCCUGAACAUUUGGGAAGUACAGUAUCUAGACUCGAGUCCGACCAGUUUAGUGUGUGUCCCAUGCCCAGUGAAAAAGGGCCCAUCAGAUGGGUGAUCACAGGCAUGGACAAGAAUGACUAUGAAAAAGACUCUCCGAGACUGACCAAAACCAAUCCAAUAUUGUACUACAUGUUACAGAAAGGCGGCAACUCUGUUAGUAGCCAAGAAGCACAUGACAAAGAAGUCUGGAAUGAACCUUCAUUUACUGAUAGUUCAACUCGUGUUACAAUCAAAGAGGAGUUGACAUCUGAUGCAGAGCUUAAAACUCCUUUUAGAAACUUAAGAAGCCCUUACAACAGCCAUAUGGGGAGUAAGACCCCUCAUCAACAUGGUGUGAACGGAGAAGUGCAUGGACUUCUGGAAAAAGUGCUAACAAUCAAAAAAGAGCCAGAAUAAACUACAGCCUCUUCAAUGAGUUUACAAUCAGUGGUUUUGAAUCUUUGUUUAAAAAAAAAAAAAAAGAGAUAGAAAAAAAUAAAAAUGAAUACGAACUUGACUACUGUAUAAAUUGAGCAUGAUUUUAGAAAAGCAUGGUCUAAUUGAAACAUGUUUUCAUUUGAUAAACUUUUUAUUUUUCUGGUGAUGUUAUUUAAAAUACAUGUAGAUAAAAUUUGCUUUACAAUAGAUUGUCACAAGGAAACUAGAAAGGUUGUAAUUUGUACAAGGCAUUUCUGUAUGCAUCAGAUUAAGUUAUGAGUACUCUUUGAUCAGAGUCUUAUUUGGAUCUACAAGUUUUUUGGUAUAACAUAAAGUGUAAGCGUACAGCCUAGGUGGUGGUAAUGCUGCGUUUCCUCCCUCCCUGUAAAAUAAUCCUUAUUUUUUGGAAGCCUGAGCAUAGAGACAGUGUACCUUUUUUUUUUUGAAUGUUUAAUAUGUGUUGUGAAAUUUUAAGAAUAACUUUUAAGAAAUGGAGCAGUCCGUCCAAGGUAUUAGCUCAUCAUAUUGGAAAACCUGUGUCAGUGUUAAUAAUUGAAAUGCACUGAAAUGUAUUUUUUAGUGCUUCCAAAAUUUUUAUUGUUAUUUUUAAAUCUUGUUUGUGGUCCUCCCAGAAUAGUGGUGUAAAAUCUAUUUUUUUUUUCUUCCUUGCCCUGCACUUGAAAAAUGCCUUCCUCAGAAUCCUUAGCCAUAGUUGUGAGUUACUAGUUACGAUUAAGGGUUUUUUCUAGGGUUUUAUACAAAAGGCUGGUUUUUCGUAGGCCAUGCAAGUACUGUGUAAGUUGGCGCAUUCCUGUCGCUUCCCUGCUUAAAAGGGGAAAGCCAAAAUGCCUCUUGGAGUAGUGCCAUUAAGAAAGCUUAGUAGAUGUAUUUGGUGAGGGAAAUGGUAGAAAGUUUGUGAAGCGGAUGAGCGAAUUGUCUCUUUAGUGCCAUCCUGCUUCCCCUGCAGAAGAAUACCAGCUGUGCUAAAGCAGCACGUCAGGCUUCCACUCAAAGAUGGGAUAGGAUUUUAAUGAAAAAUGUGUUGGCCUCUUCCUACAACCAGGGAAAAGAAUCUGUAUUCUGCCAAUAUUUAUUACUCUCUGAACAGCUGAUGCAUGAUUUAAUGCACUACCCUUUCACUGCAGAAAACCUGGUUUUAGAAUAAUUUUUCAGGUUGCACUGAGGAUAAAAUUGUGGUUUUGUCAUGUUCUGUAAUGGAUAGUGGGACAUGUCUGAGAAAUCCUCCUCUGCCCUUUUCCUCAAUCCCCACCUGUGCUGUGAUUUGUAACAUCUGGCAAUAUCAGCCUGAGAUGGGAGUCACUGAAAAUUGCGGUCAAAGCUGAGACACCUUAAAAGAAUUGCUGGCUGGGGAAGAGCUGUGCGGCUCUGCUUUCCUGUUAACACUGUCAGUGUUAACUCCAUUUGCAGCCCUUAUUUCUCAUGGGGGAGGAGGAGGACAAAAUCCAGGUCUUCUAAAUUAUAUGCAUUACUGGCAACUGUAAAUUGUGCUGAACUUCUCACUCCCCUGGAAAAAAUGUUCUCUGUAGCUUCUAAUUUCACUGAUAAUCCCCUAUGCUAUCAGCAAACAGCUAAAUAGUUGGCUUCCACAGAUAAUGAAAGCUACACUCUGCUUUAAUUUUGACCGUUUUCACCACUGAGAACCAAGGAUAUGACAAAACCGCUGUUUCUGCCCGUAUCAUGUUUGUGUAGCAGAGAUGAGCGAUGGGGCAUUUUGCUCUUUUCCUUUCUGGUUUGGUUUUGGAGAUCCUUUUCCCGGACUGUUGGCUUGCUGAGACAGAGCGAGCUGUUGUCCCCCUCUCGUCCUCCACCCCCUGCCUGGGAUCAGUCUCCCUCUUUCCUACUGAAAGAGGGACUUCUCCUGUCUGCCAGCUGGAAAAUGCACCACUAUUCUGUUUUACCCCCCUGGGGGAUACCUUCUUUUAAGGGAACACAAAUAUUUGGCAGUAUCCGAUAUAAAACAUUCCCCCUGGUUUAUAUAAGAAAUAACAGAGCGAUUUAAAGAUAUAUUUUUAUGUUAUUUGGGUGAAGCGUAAUAUAUUAAUGGGCUGUACAAAGAAGAUUUAUAUUUUAAAACCUUCACACAAAUCUAAUAUCAUUUUAAAUGUCAUUGUCUGAAGUAUAAUAUAAAAAUAAAAUUUUGUUUGUCUUUAAUAUUGCAUUUAUAAGUGGCCCAAUGACAA